CUGAGCUGUGCACAGUAAUGUGAAUAUCCAGUUUGAAUUGAGCUGCUGUAGAAGCAUCUGGUGAAGUGCAAUAUUUCCAGCUAUUGUAUGGUUUUGUAUUUGGAUGCAAACAAAAGCGACAUUACCCAAUGGGCAAUGUUCCAUCUGCAGUAAAACAUUGCCUUAGCUACCAGCAUCUCCUGAGGGAUCAAAUCUGGAUUGGCGAUGUUACACCACCUUCUGAACAGGAAUCACAUGUAACUGGAUUCCCUCAGUGUGUAAAAAUAGUAGAAGUGGGGCCAAGAGAUGGAUUACAAAAUGAAAAGACAUUUGUACCAACUGAUGUUAAAAUUGAGUUAAUCAAUCGUCUUUCUGAAUCAGGAUUGUCAGUCAUUGAGGUGACUAGCUUUGUUUCUUCAAAAUGGGUCCCUCAGAUGUCUGAUAACACAGAGGUUAUGCAAGCUAUACAAAAGCACCCUGGUCUGCGUUAUCCCGUUCUUACACCAAAUAUUCAUGGACUGAAUUCUGCAAUAGCAGCAGGGGCAACAGAGAUAUCUGUAUUUGGAGCUGCUUCACAAUCAUUCAGUGAAAAGAAUAUUAAUUGUUCUAUUGAGGAGAGCAUGAACAAAUUUGAAGAUGUUGUCAGGACGGCUUGUAGUCUAAACAUUCCUGUACGCGGGUAUGUCUCUUGUGUGUUGGGUUGUCCCUAUGAGGGAAAGAUUGCAUCCCAAAAAGUUGCAGAGGUCUCCAAAAGGUUGUACAGUAUGGGCUGUUAUGAGAUUUCACUGGGCGAUACAAUUGGGGUUGGAACUCCUGGUAGCAUGAGAACGAUGCUCGCAGCUGUUAUGAAGGAAGUGCCGGCCAGCGCUCUAGCUGUUCAUUGUCAUGACACGUAUGGCCAGGCUCUUGCCAACAUUCUUACUGCAAUGCAGAUGGGUGUUAAUGUUGUGGAUUGUGCUGUUGCUGGUUUAGGAGGUUGUCCAUAUGCAAAUGGAGCAACUGGGAAUGUUGCCACAGAAGAUGUGAUUUACAUGCUAAAUGGAAUGGGUAUUCAUACUGGUGUUGACCUUUACAAAGUGAUGGAAGCCGGACAUUUUAUCUGUUCUGCCUUAAAUAAGAAGACUAAUUCAAAGGUUUCACAAGCAUCAUUUGUGCCAUAAAUUAUAAAAACUACCUUUGGUUGUAUAUUAUAUUAUACCUUAAAUAUGUUUGUCUGAAUGGACCCACUAAUAUAUUAUAGCCAAGAUAUAGUAUAACAAAUAAUAGUGUUAAUAGAUCAAAAAAUAUGUCUGCCAAUUGUUUUAU